ACUUCGUAAAUAGCCACUCAACCGACGCCCAUCAUGAAGUGUUGAAAUUGGCGGGUGGGGAUAUUAUUUUCGGUUUUGAUACCCGAAUAAUGGGGCACACACACAGUCCGAAAAAGAGAUCAUUACGUGACGAAUAAAUUCAACAAGUUGCAGUAACACUUGAUGCAAUCUGUUCGAGAUCACCAAAACGAUUCCUUCAUCUCAAGAAGUGGUAUUGGCUCAUGCAUCUAAGAUUCCCAGCCGGCACUUAGAGGAGACACUUUAAUGAAUAAAAUAGGUUUAACGCAGCCUAAUUUGUGCAAAGUUACUCACUCAUACCCUUCUCCCGUAAUAUCAUGCAUACACAAAGAUCCACAUGCUUCAGAGGUUUCACGGAUCACAAGUCUAAGUUCAGAGAAUAGACAUACCAAAUCUUUCGUUGAUGAAUCAACGUCUAAUGCUCUUAAAGAUGUGCACAUUUCAACUCAGUUACUAGACGGGUUUCUUGAUCUUGCUAAAGACAACACAAGCAGGGAUCUGGAGACAUGUGGCGUGCUUGGUGCUUUUCUUGUAAGAUCUACGCUCUCGAUUAUUAACAUUCGCCACGAAAUCUUAAAAGGAAGGACUUAUUACGUAACAACUCUUAUAAUACCAAAACAAGAUUCGACUUCUAGCUCUUGUCAGGCUAUUAACGAAGAGGAGAUCUUUGCCAUUCAUAAUGAACAAUCUCUCAUCCCUGUUGGAUGGAUCCAUACGCAUCCUUCCCAAAGUUGUUUUAUGUCAUCAGUUGAUCUGCAUACCCAAUAUUCUUAUCAGGUGAUGGUACCAGAGGCAGUUGCCAUUGUGAUGGCUCCCACAGAUACAUCAAGGAGUCAUGGGUUUUUCCGAUUAUCCGACCCGGAUGGGAUGAAUAUUUUGAGGGAGUGCCAACAAACAGGAUUUCACACACACAAAGAACCUGUCAAUGGAACUUCUAUUUAUGAAGACUGUUCAAGUAUAUAUCUUAACCCUAAUCUAAGGUUAGAAAUAUGUGAUUUACGCCAUUAAUGUCACAACAACAAUAAAAAGCUGGAGCGUUUGAGAGAAAAGUUACCUAACUACCCUAUUCCAAUAAUCAUGUACCUAAUUAACAUUUAUGUAUGUAUGUAUCCUUUGUAUUAUUUUACACUUCCCAACUACAACCGAGUAUCACGGCUUAAUAAAAACACUUAUUUUAAUAAAUAUAACGUAAUAACUGUCGAAUAUCAACGGGCCAUCCACAAAAUAUGUUGGAUAAUCUUGGUCCAAGGCCUGAUUGAUAUUACUUCAAGUUCUUUUCUA